CGGGGCGGAGCGGCCGCGGCCCGCGCACACCUCCCGCGGCUGCCGCCCCUCCGCCGCCGCUGCCAUGGAGGCCUUCGUGGAUUUCACCAACCGGAGCCAGGGCCGGGACCAGCUCUUCCGAGCCACUCAGUACACAUGCAUGUUGCUUAGCUAUCUAAUAGAGCGUAAGGCUGAUAAGGAGACGCUGGUAAUGAAACUCAAGCAGUUGGAAUCUAGCAUGAGUUCUGGCCGGAAAAUGUUCAGACUGGGCAACAUGGUGCAUGCCUUGGUAGCAGCCAGGAGGACAACACAGCUGCCAGAUGUGGUUCCUCGCUUCUGCCUGACAGCCUCCAACCUGACUCGUGCCCUCUACUUCGUCUGUGACACAGCUCUGUGGCUCAGGAGCGUGGGGCUGCGGCCUGACAUCGACAAGCCCAAGUGGCACAGCUGGGCCACCAAGUGCUACUACAUUUCACUGCUGCUGAACCUGGGCAGGGACUGGUACGAGAUCUCCUGGAGGCUGGAACAAGCUGUCCAGGAAGAAAAGACAAAGGAGCACUUCUGCUGUCAGGAGCUGCGCUGUGUGAGGUGUGAGGGUGUGCGUGGGUUUCUCACCCUGCUGUGCCAGGUGCUGAAGAGACAUCCUCCUUUGCUGCUGGACUUGGUGAAGAACCUCUGUGACCUCUCAGGCCCUUUGGACACACUGGGCAUCUACAAGACCAACCCAGGAGUGAUUGGUUUCUGUGGUGUCCUCUCCUCCCUGGUGGGGAUCCUCACAUUAGCAAGCCCACAUCUGAAGCUGAAGCAGUGACACCGAGCGUGCAGCAAGCCAACAGCUCUGAUCUCCCCAUGGGUUUUGAUCCUUCGUGUGGCACUUUCAGAAUCAGCAUCUCUCACAGUGACUUCAAGGUUGAUUUUAGCCCCUAAAGAAGUGAGUUCUACCCUUUUCCUUGCCCCAUGUCUUUCCAGCUGAGUUUGGUGCUGUGACACGUUACCUGAUGGGGAGAAGACAGAGAAGGAGAAACAGGACUUGGAACAUGGCUGCUUGAUAAGGAACUGUUGAUGUUCCUCUCUUUUAAUGCAGGGUUGUGAAGUAGCUGCACAGACACUGUCCUGGGGUGUGACUCACAGCUGGUCGUGUUUACUCUGGGAAGCUGGAAUUCACCAGGCGAAGGUUCCUGCACCCACAUUGUCUGCAGUGGGCUCAGGCAGGUCAGGAGCUGUGCUUACAAUGGCCUGCAGGCAAGAGUGAGUGUGCUGCAGGGUUUGGGCUGAGGGACCUGUCCUCUGCAGGCAGUGGUGGGAGCGCAGUGUGAUGGUUCCUGAGCCAGCUCAGCAGCGUGCAGCAGCGAUGAUGGAUCUGCAGCCUGGCAAGCGCCAGCGAGCGCCCAGGAGAUCAGCACUUUCUUCUUUCCCUUUGAUAAUGUGAGCCAAGGGCCCCCUGGCCUCCACCUCUGAUUUCUCCAGUGGGCCAUGGCUGAGGGUUUUGGUGAAGGACAGUGUGUGGGAAGCUUGUGAUGAUGCUGUGAUCUGUAGGGCACUGGUUUCCAAAGCUGUGGGUCUGGAAGCACUCACAAGCACUCCGUUUCUAGUCACACCUGUGCCUGAGCUCCCAAAGCCCUGUGACUCCAGCUACAACAGCCUCCCACUAACCAGCCUGUGGUGAGGAGCUGGCUUUGUGGCCUUUACAUGAGAAAUCCCAGUAUAAUAAAGAGCUUUGGAACCUGCA